AUGCAGAUUCCAAAAAACCUUAAUGUUAGGACUGAAGCUGUGGGAAUGCCAACAGGGGAUAUAGGAAGUAUCUUCGUCUCAUUAUUACCCCCCUCCCUUAAACCAAACACAAGGGGUGAUGUCUCGGAGGUCUUGGUGAGGAAAGGAAGGAGAGAGAGGGGAAAGAAGGAUAAAUAUAACAGCUAA